GGGAGCGCCCGGAGGGGACCGGAGCCGGCCGCGCUGGGCACGGUGGGCAGCCGCCAUGGACAGCGACGACGAGAUGGUGGAGGAGGCCGUGGAAGGGCACCUGGAUGAUGACGGGCUGCCGCACGGCUUCUGCACUGUCACCUACUCCUCCACGGACAGAUUCGAAGGCAACUUUGUGCACGGAGAGAAGAAUGGACGGGGCAAGUUCUUCUUCUUCGACGGCAGCACCCUGGAGGGGUACUAUGUGGACGAUGCCCUGCAGGGCCAGGGCGUUUACACCUAUGAGGAUGGAGGCAUUCUCCAGGGCACGUACGUAGACGGAGAGCUGAACGGUCCGGCCCAGGAAUAUGACCCAGACGGGAGACUGAUCUUCAAGGGACAAUACAAAGACAACAUUCGCCAUGGAGUGUGUUGGAUCCAUUACCCAAUCUGUGCAAAAGGCACGUCCCACUUAGCCUCAGCUCUGCACAACUGCGCAAGGCCACGCCCGCCCUCUUCAGAGCCCAUCCUCUCGCCCGCGGGGAGCUCCCACUGCAUGGAUGUGAACCCCACAGAAUCCGUUCUGCGGGGCCGGGGCUCUGUGUACCACUUUGAUAAGUCGACCUCUUCUUGCAUCUCGACCAAUGCUCUUCUUCCGGAUCCUUAUGAGUCGGAGAGGGUUUAUGUGGCCGACUCUCUCAUCUCUAGUGCUGGAGAAGGACUGUUCUCCAAGGUAGCGAUGGGACCCAAUACUGUCAUGUCUUUUUACAAUGGAGUCCGGAUUACACACCAAGAGGUUGACAACAGGGACUGGGCCCUUAAUGGGAACACACUCUCCCUGGAUGAGGAAAUUGUCAUUGAUGUGCCUGAGCCCUAUAACCACACAAGCAAGUACUGUGCCUCCUUGGGACAUAAGGCGAACCACUCCUUCACUCCAAACUGCAUCUAUGACAUGUUUGUCCACCCCCGUUUUGGGCCCAUCAAAUGCAUCCGCACCCUGCGAGCUGUGGAGGCCGACGAGGAGCUCACCGUCGCUUAUGGAUACGACCACAGCCCCCCAGGGAAGAGUGGGCCUGAAGCCCCCGAGUGGUACCAGGUAGAGCUGAAGGCCUUCCAGGCCACCCAGCAGAAGUGAAAGGUCGGGCCCUGGGGUCCAGAGACCUAGAACAGAAACUUGGAUCUAUGCACUAUGUUUAUCUGACAAUGGGACAACCAGGGACUGCUCAUGCUGUGACAUCACCUCCUCUCGCCCUGCGUUAGCUAUGACUCUCUCGCAUACUAACUAGGUUUGACUGUAUUACUCAUACCAGAUUUAAAAUUAGCUAGCCUUGCAACAACAUCCUACUGAGAGGUAUUGUCGAACCCUUGACAUAGACAGCAUGAUAUUCUUGGGUGGUUCAAGCCUAAAUCUGGACCACACUCAGAGAUGCCAAAUGAUUGGGUUGAAAAAGGGAAAUGGGGUUUUUCACUCGUUUUUUUUUUUUUUGUUGUUGGUGGUGGUUUUUUUCAUAAUGUCUUUUCCUAUGGCCAAUGCAAAUUGUGUUCUCACACUUGCAUGUUGCCAUCUCAAGGGUAGAGAAUUAUGACAUCUUUAUUCUCUAAAUGUAGUAUGAUUUGCCUUUUAACCUUUGAUCUGUAUCUUGCAAUAGAAUGGCUUUGUGUUUUUUUGUUUGUUUGGGGUUUUUUUCCCCCACUAGUAAAGCAAAGUCCACUUUUUCCUUUGGUCCUGUUCCCCUCCUUAGCUAUCCUUACAAGAGACAACUUCCAAAUGGAUUUUGUAUCCGUGGCAGUGUAUAGGUCUCCCUGGUUCCUUCUUGAUCAUUAUUUCAUUAUUAUGUCCUGAUAUAAAGUACUGGCUCAUAGGGCCAGUUUAUUAUUAUAGAAUUAUUAUUCUCGCAUGUAAACAAAGAUAUCUUUGCUUUCAGAUGUGAGAAGAAAUGAAUUUACUUUGUUUGCAUUAAGUUAUGGAAGAGUUGUAAUAUAUACUUUUGAGAAAGAAGAGAGGAAAAUUAGUAUUUUUAAGCAGUAAUUGUGGCAAUUUUGCAAUAUCUUCAAUAGUGCUAGCAAUUUUUCUCCUCUGGUACACGUUAAAUGUGCAUAACCUGGUGCAGUCUGGCUUGUGACGCAAAUGCAUUGAAUUAAAAAGUCAAGCAGCAAACUUGGAUUCUAACGCAGAAUUCAAGCCUUGUCUCUGAGAUCAGGGCUAUGAAGGCAGACAUAUCCAGCACUAGGUACAAACCAAACUUCAGCUGAAUCUUUUCAUUAUAGUAAUUUCAAAACAGUUGCCUGCUUUCACGCACUGUUGGCUAAGAGCUCACCCUUGUAUCAUUUAAAAGUGACAGUAUCAAUAGCAUUUCAGCCACAUCACAAGCCGUAUGUAAUCACAACUGCAGAACUAAGGAGAAAACCCCUUUUUUUUUUUUUUUUUUUUUUUUUUUAGUUUAGCCUAUUAGAUCUGUAACAUAACUGAGAUUGCUCGGAAUGAACUCUGAGAGUUUUGGCUUUUCUAGACGCCCUCACCACACCGUGGCUCUCGGUCUUCUUUGGCCGCCUGCAAGUCGUGGUGGCUGGACCGUGGCAACCGCAGCUGCUCUGGCCUGCAGCUGUCAACAGAACCACCUGUCGCCUGUGUUAGUUUGGUCUUGAAAGCAAAAACCUUCCAAAUUGUGAUGGCUGAGCUUGAGAUGGUGAGAGAAUCCUGGAGGGCAUGGGCAAAAAGUAAGGAGACAGGCAGAGGGAAGUUUGCUAUUGUGUAUCCGUUCCAUGUCGCUCAUAACAAACGCUUUCACAAAAAUGUUCCAUCAGGGGCCGCUCACAGCUUGCCCACGAUGCAAGAUUCAGCCCUCAGGACAUGGCAGCCACGUAUGCCCUGGGUUUCUUUGCUGGUAUCUGGGCACACUCAGCUGCAUGGGCUGCAGCUAGGCAGUGGUGCUUUCUGGAAGAUCUGACUGCAUCCCUCUUAGAAAGCUUAUGGUGAUGAUUCACCCAGGAAGGGAAGUCCCCGAGACUUCCAGAAAGAUCUCCAUAAAAAGAACCAAGAAGAGUUCUUAGACUAAAAGGCACCAGGAUAGGAUCGCUUCUAUUCUGUAGAAAGAGACCGUUCAGUAAACUGUGACAGGAUAGAGUCUCUCAAUUCAAAUUCUGAUAGGUGCUUUAAGGUCAAUGUGUCCCAUGGGAGUUGACUGUCUUCUGGAGAGAGGUGGCUUUCAUGGGACCUACUGAGUCAUGCUAUCAGGUCAGGAGGUGAGACAGAGAGAGGAGAGUGCAGGGUCCCACCCCAGGUAGACUGCGCUGGCAGCAAGGUUUCAGGCCUGAAGUUGGAACUUGGUCUCCACUUCAGUGAGACCCAACGUCUAUCCUAAAGGGCUACUCUAGAUAUCCAAUAUUCAAAUGGAAUUCAAAACAAUUUUUGUGGGGAAGGGGUUAAAAAAAUUGCUAAAACAAACAUGGUAACAGCAAUGAAUCGGCUAAUCCAUUCUUCACGUUUGAGACUAAAUGAUAAUACUCUGGGCUUUAAAACGCAGUGGUGUGUCUGUGGCCUUCAAGCACAUCACAGAAGACCACACACACACAGCUCAGCCUGUCUCUCUCCCCCCCAACUCUCUGCAUCUGCUGUGUCUUCCUGCUUUCGUUUCUUCUGCCAUGUCUCCUUCUUUUUGGCUCUUCGCAUGCCGGGAUCCCUAAGGGGAAGAGCCUGUGGCUCCUGCUCUUUCUCUAUGCUCUGGACUCCUCCCAUGUCUUGCUAGACUCCUCCCUCUCCCCCCCCCCCUCUCCAUUUCAGAUCUCUCCCUCAGUGUCUUUCCCUCUGUAUGACCCAUUCCUAGUUGCUACGGAUCUCUGUCUAACUCUGCUUCUCUCACUGUCUCUCACACAGACACAUACAGAGAGAGAGAGAGACAGAGAGAGAGAGAGCUCCCAAGCAUCCAGUUUUAUCACAGGUUACGAGAGCAGGGCUAGAAAAUCACUGUAUUCUGUAGGUAGGUAAAGGAAAGUGAGUGGGAUGGAGCCUCCAUAAAGAAUUCACUGUUGAAGAAGUGAGGGGUUUGUUCCUCAUUAGAAGUGAAGUGGGAAAGCCUCCGGCUGAAUCUCUACUCUGCAUCGGCCGUGGAAGGAACCAGUCAGGAAGCAGACAGGUCUGGUGGUUUCAUGAGCAUCGGAAUCACAGCAGAGACAAUUAAACCGCUAUGUGGUGGGGAAUGAAGAAUUAGUCCCAGAACAGGUGGAGCCUGUGUCCGUGACGCCAUGGUCUCCAAGAGGUGCACUCAGAGCCUUCUCAGUCCAACCCUGCAUGACUCAAUCUUUCCUGAGCAUUUUUCUAUGAUGAACUAUUAUCUUGUGUUAGAGUUAGGAAUAGGAACUAAUCUGCAAGAGCAUGUCCCAAACGGGGCAUUCAAUUGGACUAACAAAAGCAACUUAGAAGCAUUGAAUUUCAGACCCAAAGGAAUGAUGAAAAAGCCACAGGUGAGGAAGACACAGGUUUUUAGUACCUAUUCUGAGUCUAUCCACCGCUUCCCUGGUCGCUCUGGGCAACGAACCACGAAAUCUGUUUCCAAGAGCUCUCAGAGCCGGGCAUGGUGGCACACACCUUUAAUCCCAACACUCAGGAGGCAGAGGUAGGAGGAUCACUAUGAGGUUAAGGCCACCCUGAGACUACAUAAUGAGUUCCAGGGCAGCCUGGGCUAGAGUGAGACCCUACCUUGAAAAAAGAGAGAGAGAUAGAACUCUGAACUUGUCCAGGACUAGAGUUCAACUUCUUUGCCCUUCAGGAUUCAUCACACUUGGAAAACUUUCCUUGUCACCUACAACUCAGAAAAGCCAACAAGGCCAAAUGUCACUGUUUCAAAUAUUCAAUGGUAGCCAGGCAUGGUGGCGCAUGCCUUUAAUCCCAGCACUCAGGAGGCAGAGGUAGGAGGAUUGCCAUGAGUUCAAGGCCACCCUAAGACUACAUAGUGAGUUUCAGGUCAGCCUGGGCUACAGUAAGACCCUACCUCAAAAAACCAAAAAUAAAUAAAUAAAUAAAUAAAAGUCAAAUAUUCAGUUGUAACAAUUAAAAUUGCACUAGACUGGGGAUGUAACUCAGUGGUAGAAUAUUUGCCUAAAAGAGGCCCUGGGUUCCAUCCCUAGUACUGCAAAAAUAAACUCUCUUUAAAAUUGUGCACACUAAAUAGAAGGGUUGUCUUAGUGAGAUGGUAUGUGGCACUUAUCUUUCUCUUAACGUAUAAAAAAUUUAAUCACUCACUGCAGGAUACAUUUAAAAAUCUUCUAAGGUGGUAGAGAUGGGAUUCUCCAUUUGGUUUUUAAAAAAGGUUGCUUCAAAUUCUGUCCCGUGUAGUGGUCUAGGAUCCAGACAUCUUUUGCCUUAGAAAAAUAAGCAGAACUAUGUUGCAAGAUGGAUAGUUGUAAUGUUUAUUUGCCACAGAUCAAAGGUUCACAAAAUAUAUUCAAUAUACAUGGUACCUUGACAGACUUUUUUUUAACUCCCUCCUUGAAAAAAUUUUUUUUUUCCUUUCAGGAAUUUGAAGCCUUCAGUGUCAAUUUGUUUGUUUGUUUGUUUUUUUCCAAAAAAAAAAAUACUAAAUUUAAGAAGUUUUCUUUUGCCAGACAUGUGCAGACAUAUUCAAAGCAAUGAAACUAUUUCAAGCCAUACAACCACAGGGAUGGAAACCCUUUUCACAAAUUUUAAUGUGUUUGUAUGUAAAUAGAUGUUUGUAUGAAGUAUUUUCAUGGUAGAAUGACUAUAUUUAAAUGAAGUUGAACUAUUCCAGUGCUAUUUAAACACAUGACAAAAAAUUUUUUUUGGUGAGAAUUAUCUGAGUCUAUUGAGCUAUAAUACAGAUGAAUUUUGAUUUUUUUAAUAAUCAAAAGCCUACACAUCCCUCUGACUGGCGGCCCUGUCCCUGACAGGGGCAGCAAGCAUCUGAUGUAGGCUUCCCCAGUGCCUAAGCCCCUCAGCCGCUUUCUGGUGGUAAGUUCGGUGCUAAUGGAGGUGUAUUUACCUUUUAGUGAUUCCCUGAAGGCCUUCCUGGGGCCUGAGAGUGAAUCAGAGGCAUUAGAGACUCCGGUGCAGUUAUCCCGAGCACAAUUUCUUUGCAGGGCAGCAGAAUCAGAAGCCAGAUGUGGCCACAUGAACCUCAGAGCUGAGUUUCCAUGGCCACCCUCACCCGCCACCCCAACUGCCUAGUCACAAUGUCAGGGAGGCUGCCCUCAGUGGAGUUGGGGUUCAAACCCCUGGGGUGGAACUUCACGGUUUUGCCAGCGGAUUUUUUUUUUCCUAUCUUUUUUUUUUUUUUUUUAACCUCUCACCUCAACCUCCCCAAGGGAGGAAAAGAUGGGAGCAUCGCUGGCAGGGGCCCGUUUCUCAGCACAGUCCGUAUCCUGUCUCAGCUCUGGAAGACUAUGCAUCUUAGCACCCAGCUUCCAACCAGAGAGGGAGACUUCUGCUCGGUUCCUGUCUGUGACCACACACAGUUAAAAGUCAUUUGAAUAUCAAGACCGUUCACAUCCCUAGGACAUACCGCCCAACCCCUGACUCUUAAGUUACUGGAAAAACAAAACCUCCUUCUUAUGAUCCUUCACUUGAGUAUACCUCCCACCUUUGUCCUUGAUAUAAAGAAACAAUAAAUAUGAUAGCAAAAUCUCACUGUGUAUACUAGCAAUAUGAACACACAUACCAAUGUAUCCUAACCUAUCUUCUUGGUUACACUUUGGUUACAAUGUUUAAUCUUGAUUCCUUCGGGGACUAGUAAUGCCUGGUGAUUAUAUAAGAAAGUUAUGAAGUUACCUCCAUGAUUUUGAUCUUCCUACUUCAAAGAUUUUUUUCCUCCUGGGUUUUCUAUGUUUUCUUUUUAUCCUGAAUGCAUUUGUUGGGUUGUGAGGUUAUGUUUAGGGAAUGGAAGCCAGGGGUAAGCUUUCAGCAUUUAUUGUAACCAAAAGUCAACCCCAUCACAGUUAAAACACAUCUUUGGUCUUUAGUGGAAUUUGAACUAAAUCUAUGAGCCUUAUUCAAUAUCUAUAAUUCUCUGAUUUUUUUUAAAUUAUGGGAAAUCAAUGGAAGAUGUUUACAUGAGUAAUGUUUGCCCUUACUGUGUUAUGAAUGAAUUUUUUGUAGUGUGUCUGGGCGCAUGUGCAAGAGAGUAGGAAAAAUGUUUCUGAAACAAAACUUGACAAAUAUUUGUACUGAAAAGUAAAUUUAAAGAUUGCUAUAAUUGCUCUAUAGAAACAAUGCAAGUAUUAAACAAAAUAUACAAUCA